AUGAGAAAGUCCGCCUCAGAGUCCGCGCUGGUCCCGGACGAGUUCAAAGCGGCAGCCCAUUUCCCGUUGGUCGAGAAAGACCUCGUCACCGCACGGGUGAAGCCGACUACGGAUGGAACUGUGCCCAAGAUAUCUUUCAAGCCAGAGAAGGUCAAGGCCUUGUGGUGGCCUGGGAAGCAGCACUAUGUGAAGUAUCAUCCAAGUUUCUCAUUCGAGGAUGCACCCGCUUGGACUCCGGAGGAUAUCCUGAAGGGAUAUGGCAUCCGGCAGCAAGCUCAGCAAAGGUUCAAUCGACAAUUGUACAGUGCGGGAACCCAUACUAGUUGCAGGCAUGAUACCAAGCUAUUCAAAGCAAUGGGUGAGUGCGUUUCCUUUGGCGUCCUUCGGCCGUGCGGUGGUGGAUGGAUUGCUUUCAUUGUUGAUGUCGUGGGCCUUGACGGGAAUCAUUACAUCAGACCAGUGUAA